AGAAACGCACGAAACCAGUGGCGGGAUACCUGGCUAAAUUGUUUUUUAUUUUCAGACCAAGCCUUAAAGUUCCGCCAAAGUUUCACAGUUUUAAAGCAUGUGCGAAAAGAACAAGAGGGUUAACCGCUGGCUCGCGACGGUCUUUGGCGAGCGAGCGACGCCCGAGUUUGAAGUGAACACGCGCACGAUCGCGCUCCUGGAGCAGCUCGCGGCGGUGAGCGAGCUGCGGUGCGAGGAGGCUUCGCUGGUGGCGGAGGACCACGCACGGAAGGCUGCGGAAUACGGCGGCGAGAGCGCCCACUUACAGGAAGUGCUAUUUCAGGGAGUGGGCCUGCAACCCGGAAGUGAUUCGAAACUUACUUCUGACCUGCUGUCUGUGUUAGAGGGCACUGCUGAGACACUUAAAGUUAAAGACACAUCCUUGGGGAGCCUUGUCCCUGCAAUUAAUCAAUUGACCAAUGACUUGGCUGAGGCGGAGAAGACUGACAGGAGGUUGGGGCGGGAACUCUCUGCUGUGAGGAGGAAGAUGGCUGACAUGAUGAUUCUCCAGAAAAAACUGCAAGAGGACCUGAAGGAGACCAUACAAGCUCAGCAGGUGGAGGCUGCUACAGCAGAGGAAAGGCUGCUCAAUAUGGACUUCAUGAAGAACAAAUCCAAAGACCUCAUCUACAGAAAUAAGAUGGCACAGGACAAGCUGGCAUCUAGGCAGAUGCAAGAUUCUCUUACCCAUGAGGCCAUUCUGCAGCUUUCUGAGAAAAUCACAGCCCUAAAACAGGAAAUGUUGCCGCUCGUGAAGAAAUUGGAGCCCUACAGUGAUCUGAGCCCAAGUCCAGCCCUUGCUCGCGUUAAAAUUGAAGAGGCAAAAAGAGAACUGGCAGCCCUGGAUGCUGAGCUGGAAGGAAAGGUGGACUUCAAAUAAACUCUUGGAGUUUCAGAUACCAUCUUAAACUAGUCACGGCAAUUAAUGUAGCAUCUUAACUAACUGUCAAGUGUUUUGGGUCUUGCUCUUCACUGGUGUGUGUAAAAAAAAUAAAUAAAUAACUACACCUGCUCUCCA